AUGCCAGCCAUUGGGCUCGGUACUUGGUCGCCUGACGAUAGAACUCAGAUUCGCGAAUGCGUCGAAUACGCUAUCUUAGAGGCUGGCUACAGACACAUCGAUACGGCUUACUUGUAUGGAUGUGAAGAUCAGGUGGGAGAGGCGGUCAGAAACGCCAUUGCCACAGGAAAAGUGACUCGUGAUGAAUUGUUCAUCACCACAAAAGUCUGGCCCACAUUUCAUAAACACAUGGAGGAUGGCUUGGAUUUGUCGCUCAAGGCCUCGGGCCUGGAUUAUUUUGACUUGGUGUUGGUGCAUUGGCCAAUUCCGCUUAAGUGCGACAGUGAUGAUGGAACGCCCUUCUGGCCAACCAAUGCGGACGGCUUUGUCGCAAGAGAUCCGUCUAGCGAUCACAUCACCAUGUAUCAACAAUUGGAGAAGUGCAUGGAGAAUGGUAAAGCUAAGGCUAUUGGAGUUUCAAACUAUUCGAUUCCGAAACUGGAAAGCUUGCUCAAAAAGUGCAAAUACGUUCCGGCAGUCAAUCAAUGUGAACUUCAUCCACUGCUUCCACGUCGCGAUCUUUGCGAUUUCUGCACUUCCAAAGGCAUUGUCAUGACCUCAUACUUUCCUUUUGGCGGUGACGGGGCUCCAAUUUUGAAAAACGAGACAAUUGCAGAAAUUGCUAAAAAGUAUUCGGUCAGUUCGAGUACAAUUCUGUUGAGCUACCACGUCAACUUGGGUGUGUCUGUCGUUCCCAAAUCGUUUAAGCCGCACAGAAUCAAGUUGAACGGGAAGAUUGUCUACCUCCAGAAGGAAGACCUGGAGAAGCUCAUAGACAUUGGAAGAGAAAAGCCACACAAGUUCAACAAGAUCAAUUAUGAUGUUGAUCUGGAGUUCGGCAAGGAAGAUUGGUAA